AUGUCCAGCUCCAACGCGGCACGCCCUAUCUGGAAUGCCUUGAUUCGAACGCACCACAUUACCUCUCGUAAGAAAGUCGCCAAGUUGCGACAAGCGGCCGCGCACGAAGAUGUCUUUGCACUGCUACGAAGCGGCAGUCCUCCUGGUGUGAUGUACUGCGAAGGAGCAAUGGGGAACGUCGAAAAUUGGGUAGCAGCUGUACAGAGGUUACGAUACAAGGACUUUCAGCUUGUUGCAAGGCCUGCAGCGAUAGAAAGAGAUGCGAUGCAUCCUUCUGGGUCGGACCACAGGACUGGACUGUAUGAGACGGAUUCGGUCAAGGACUUUGCAGUGCAGAUGGACAACCGUGGUAUACUUGCUUGGUGGAAGAAGGGUAUGGGAUAUACUGGAAGUGAGGAUCGUUUAUGA